AUGGCGAAGAGCCGGAGAAAGAACACAUGUCGAGGCGGAGAAAAAGCUAGGGAAACGCAGCGAGACGAAGAGCAAUAUGAGUCUGCAGUGGAAUUCCAACCUCAACAUGAGCCUCAGGUCAACCCUCACAAAAAACAGCGACUAAGCGAAUCUGGCGGUGGAGGAGCAUCCAUCUCAGAUGAUACGAGCAAUACCCUCCGAAAAGUAGACAGCGAGGUUCUGGUGCCGGAAGUCCUUGGGCCCCUGUCCAAUUUGGCCUUCAUACAGAUACCGUGGCCAUACGACGCGGACAAGGCACCGUGGACUAUCUCUGAAUUUUGGUACCGCUCGGCAAUCUUCAAAUCGUGUCUGAAAGGUUCUGACGACUUCCGAGCAUUAUGCGAGCAAUGGGUACCUGUACUGAAAAGCAUAUGCGAGCAAGCCACAGCAACCGCUAAACAAGAGCAACAAACGAUGACAAAGGACCUCGAGUUUCUCAAGACCGCAAUUGCAACGACAGAUAGUCUAGAAGACGUGGUGUGGCCGGAAAUCGCCCUCGAGCGGAGCUACACGGGGUCAGCGGUCCAGGAUUGCUCGCCGGUGUCGCAAUUACUCAACUUGCUGAGGACUCAAACCUCGAACGAUGUUGAGAAGCAGAGGGCGCAGUUGGAAAGCGACAUGGACAUCGUUCAAGGGCGUCUGACGAAUCUUAUGACUCUGUGUAGGAUGAUUGUGGCGAACCGACGCUACGGAGUUGCUAUCAUCAAUCGAACAAAACACAUCAUCACUCAUAUCGAUAACGCGAUAGGCGACCAGCUUAGGGAGGCAUGCAAAUUGCACGCUCGGGUGGAUCGUAGAUCUUUGCCGGCACUCUCCGGUCGUACUUUCGAGGAACUGCAGGCGGAGUACGACGAGCUGCAGUGGCGGAUGAGCCUAUUGAGAGAGGUAAUGGAAGAGGAUAUCACUAAGGAAGUGACGGCAGAAGUUUCGUCGCCAUGAUAGCUGGAGUGUUCUUAUCUACAAAGCUGACUGUCCUCAAAACAUCAUCGUUUGUUGUUUGGCAAGUUUGAAGUACUCUCAAGUCAUCCACCCUCAUGUAUCAGCUACGUAAGGG